CUCCCUCUUUCUUCUCUGUUGCUUUUUUGCUGUGUCGGAGCCUUCUUUUUUCUCCGGCAAUCGCCGGCGCCGACGACCAUUUCCCGCCGGUAAAGGCUACAGUGAAUGAGUGUUGCUACUAUUGAAUGAUUGAGUCCAUGCCUGCUACGCCUACGAAGAAGAGUGCUUCCCAUUGUGGGAUUGGGCAUGUAUUCAACAAAUUAAUAAGCGAAAUUGGAGAUCCUGUUGACUUUGAACUUCCAGAUUGGUUGAGUAAAUGGCAACCCACUACCUAUCCCUAUACCUCUAUAAGGCGUAAUAUAUACCUCACCAAUAAGGGUAAGCGGCGGCUAAAAGAUGAUGGCAUAUCUUGUGCCUGCAGUUCAACAGCAGAAUCUUCGGACGUGUGUGGCACGGAUUGUCUUUGUAGCAUACUAUGGUCUAGCUGCACCUCGGGAUGUAAAUGUGGGAGUUCUUGUCUGAAUAAGCCAUUCCAUCAACGUCCUGUGAAGAAGAUGAAAAUAGUAAAGACUGAGAAAUGUGGCUCUGGGAUUGUGGCAGAUGAAGAUAUCAAGAGAAAAGAGUUUGUCAUAGAGUAUGUCGGAGAAGUUAUUGAUGACAAGACAUGUGAAGAGCGACUUUGGAAGUUGAAGCACAGUGGGGAAACAAAUUUUUACUUGUGUGAGAUCAAUAGGAAUAUGGUGAUUGAUGCCACUUACAAGGGCAACAAAUCCAGAUACAUUAAUCAUAGCUGUUGUCCAAAUACUGAGAUGCAGAGAUGGAUGAUUGAUGGUGAGACAAGAAUUGGGAUAUUUGCGACACGUGACAUUAAAAGGGGCGAACAUCUGACCUAUGAUUAUCAGUUUGUUCAAUUUGGUGCAGAUCAAGAUUGUCACUGUGGUGCUAUAAAAUGCAAGCAAAAGCUGGGAAUCAAACCUAACAAACCUAAACUUCCUUCUUCAGAUGCUGCUGCAUUAAGGCUAGUGGCAUGUCAGAUGGCUGCAACCUCUCCCAAAGAGAAAGCACUGCUAUCUGCAAAACAUGAUUCUCAAACUGAAGUUCCUCCAAAAAGAAAUUGGAGUUGCGACUCUGCUCGGAGAAUCCAGCAUCCUCGUAAUUGUAUAGGUCAAAUCAUAAGAAUAAUUCGCUCUUCUGACCAGAGUCCUGUUGAUUCACUGGAGUCUCAAGUACCUGAUGUUUCCAGUUUCUUUGGAAUUAUAAAACGGUUUGACAGUAUCGCCAAAAAACAUCUGAUCAUGUUUGAAGAUGGUAGUGUUGAGCACCUUGACUUGUCAAAAGAAGAUUGGGAAUUUUGCAACUCUUCUUAAUCAGGUCUUAUGCUGUCGAAAUAAAGAUAUACAUGAUUCAACUACAGUAGCUGAUACGCGACAUAUUCUUACAAUCCAAAGUUGCAAAGGGUCCUCUAGCUUUGCUCCUGCUGUACCAAAUGUGCAAAGUUUCCUUUUAACGAAUUCUUUCGGGUGAUAAUUUCAGAGAAGAUUUGGUUUCACAAUUUCUUGAACUUGCUAAGUUAUAUAGUUCAUGACUGUUGUGACUUUGAUAUGCUUUACUUGAUUCAAUGGCCUAUCGAAAAUAAUCUUUCUGUGAAAAUAUAUGGGAUAUGUUAUUGUUGUUGUUAUCGAUU